AUGAAACUAUCAGAGUUGGCUGUACAAGCUGUAAUUUGUUUUGAGGGUCUGUUUGAAUAUUUUGAUGAAGAAUUGACACCAAAGAACUCCCGACUUGUACGUACAUUGCAUUCUCAGUCUACAGGUCCUCAUGCUGCUAUGGUUGAGAACAUCAGAAGUGUUCUCAACGCCUUGCUUGGUCACUUAAUAAAUACUAAACUUAAAACAUAUGACUUUGACCACACCUUUAGAGAGAAAGUACAUGAGCUCACAGUGUCGGUAGGCGCCUUAAGCGCUAAAACGUUCGGCGAGGGAAGGAAUCCCGAGCUGCUGAACAUCUUUAAGAGUGGCAUGUUGGCCUUUACCACUGAACUCGGCCACGCGUACGUGAAUAAAUACAGUGGUAUGAAAUUCCAAGAUGAGUUGCUUAAAAAAAAGGACUCUGACCCAUCCCCCAAUCAUUUAACCACCGAGGGCCGCAACUGCGCCAAGGUCUGCCUGACCAUACUGGAGAGGGUGAAUGAGGACUUGGCAUAUUUGAAAGGAAAAUGUGAUACUACAAAUGGCCCUUGGAAACAUAACAAAAUAUGCGAAACAGACGGAAAUAAGACCAAUAAACUCGGACGUUUUUUCAUGAAUCGUGGCUUCACCAUUCCGCUCAACGACGGCGUAAAGCAAGAUGGUCAGUUGAGAUGUUCUGUAAACAUGAAAGGUGGGCAUAUUUGUAAAAAGCUGCUUGAAAAGGAAAUUGGUGGCGCGAAGCAAAUUGAUCAUCUCAAAGCGUGCAAUGCAACAAAGGAGAAUGAAAUUAAGUUUAAUGUCCUCGACAUUCUCACAUGUCUUCGCAGUCACCUUCAUCAAUAUUUCCGUGUUGGUCACAUCUCUUCAUUCGCCGCCAAAAAGUCACCAUGUUCCAUUUACGAGAUGCUCACAUGGUGUUGCGGUCUGCAGUACAACAGUGCUUACUCAAAGAUGCAGCAGCAUUGUAAAACGCUGCAUCAGGCGCUAGAAAAGGAAGAAAAAGACAAUGAGAAAAUGAAAGAUGUCAAUGCGUAUUUAAAAACUAUACUGUGCAAGUUUCAGAGGAACGGUUUGCCGUAUCUAUCUAGCAAUUCACGUAAUAUUCUCACUAAUAUCCUCGGAACCGGUGAUGAACACACAGUGUACGCCUCUGACUUUAGCAAUAAUCACCUUAAUUUGAGUUACCCCUCUUCCGGGGAAGCUUGUUUAGAUACAUUGCUUGACAUCCUCCGCAGAGUAUAUCCCGUAUGUAGAUUCUUGCAGAGCCAAUGUAGUAGUCUGUCAUCCGACUUUGGUUGGGCCGGCUGCCAGUAUGGUAAGCAGGUCAAACACGCUAACUGGCAGUGCGACAAGCAUAUUGCUGAUAAGGAAUCCGACUGCGUUCCCAUGUCACCGCUUAUGUCGUACUUUACAGACAGUCUUCCCGGUCACCUACCUCACCAGCUAUCCUCCAUCGGUUGUAGAGCUACAUGUAACACGUGUCCCAGCGGCAAACCUGGCAUGCCUUGCCUAACGCCCUUAGGUUUCAGGGGUUUCUCUGGAAGUACGCGCCUGGGCAAAGAGCUAUGUAACGUGCUAACCAAAAUGCUCGAUGACGCCGACCUCAGAUCCCUAUUCUGCCUUAAACCCAAAACGCCGGGUUCGCUACCAGAGCACUUCGGUUUCGCAUUAUCACUUGUCAGUGGGUAG